AAUGAAAAUGCAAGAACAGAAAUUUGAACUAUCAGGAGCAAAAUUAGAUUCUAGUGAUGACCAUGUGGGGUUCAGAGCAGGGAAUUUAGCAUUGGUAGAACUAGAAGAGGCGAAGUUGCCACUCUGGAGAUUAAAUUCCUGUGCCAUAAGAAAAGAUACAGGACUGGCAGCAGCAGUUCAGGACUCACCAUGUGAGCGGACCAGUGGGCUCCCAAACUGGAACAGAAGAAAUUCAUGUAGUGGUGAGGUUCACUCUUCAUAAUCAUUGAACUCUUGGCCUCUCUGCAAGAUUGUUGACAAAGUCUUGCUUCCUGAAGUCUGUGUGUUCAGCAAAGAGAUAAUUUGUAAUGGCAAAGAAUGAAUUGUUCUGUAAAAAGGAAUACAGCAGAAGGAUGUCACCUGUGAGUGAUAUGUGGUGCUAUCAUUGGAAACGGAAGCUGCAGCACUUUCUGUAUUUAUUUACUAUCUACAUGAUAUGUCUGCAGAAUUUGGUUCUUGGAUGCUCUGAUUGCAGGAUAUCACUGUCCAACCCCACGGGAAUCUUCACCUCUCCCUGCUUUCCCAGUGAUUACCCUAACAGCCAAGCAUGCAAGUGGACCCUCCGAGCUCCUCCUGGAUUCAUCAUUCAGAUAACAUUUAUUGAGUUUGACAUUGAAGAAGCUCCGAACUGCAUUUACGAUUCAUUAACUCUAGAUACUGGAGAGAAGAAUCAGGUUAAGUUUUGCGGCGUCACUGCCAAAGGAUUAUCAUUUAACUCCACUGGAAAUGAAAUGAUCGUAACUUUUGCAAGUGACUUUAGUAUCCAAAAGAGAGGUUUCAAUGCCAGCUAUACCCGAGUUGCUGUUUCUCUGAGGAAUCAGAAAGUCAUCAUCCCCCAAACUCCAGAUGUGGACCCUGUGUCUGUGGCAAAAACAGUCCCAGUGCCAAUGCUUAGCCAGUUCACACUCUGCUUUGAAGCAACCAAAGCCAGCAAUGAUACCAGUGACUGGAAGGCUUUCUCCUACAGUGAUCCUUUUUCAACAGAACUCCUCAGUUUUGGAAAGACCACAAAAGGCCACUUCCUAUCAAUCUCAGGCUCAGAGUGCAUACUAGACAGUGUCCUCGUGACAAAUUCAAAUGGAGAUUUUUUCACAGAAACUUUUGAACAAUUGUGCAUAGUAUGGGAUGGCUUCUCUGGCAAUAUAGGUGUAAAUGGCAAGAGCAUCUAUCACACGGUUCUCUGCUCAGGUACCUUUGGCCAGAUUAUCCCUGGCAAUGGAAAAUUGGUGUUGGGCUCUGACAGCAAUGAAAUAAGCUCUUUAAAUGGGGACAUAUACAACUUUCGUCUUUGGAACUUCACCAUGAGUUCCCAAAAGCUGUCCAACCUCAGCUGUGAUGUGAAAGGAAACAUUGUGGACUGGGAAAAUGACUUCUGGAAUAUCCCAACUUCAGCAUUGAAAGCAGAAAACAACUUAAGUUGUGGCUCAUACCUAAUUCUCCCACCUAUAACUGAACCAACUAGUUGUGAAAAUCUUGGAAGCCUUUGCCAAGCUACUACUGUAAAUCCUACUACUCCUCCAUCACCCACUGUCACCACUAACAUGCCCGAUACUAAUAGAACCGAUAAGCCAAACGAUGGGGGGCUAUUCUACAGGAUUUCCAUUACUGUCUUCAAUUACAAGCCCAUCUUAGAGUCAAAAGUACAGAGUGUGGUGGCCGAAUGGCUAAAUCAGACCUUCCAGAACUGGAAUUAUACCGUGUAUGUGGUCAAUAUCAGUAUUCAGCCAACCACUGUGAACAAACUGCCAAGGGAGAAAAGAAGCACUGAUCAAAGAUUUGUGGUUUGGGCUCUUCUGGUUUACAACUCUACCAACAACAUCAGUUUAGAAGAGCAAGCCAUCCGGCAGAAACUCAUAAGCAAUAAUGAAACCAUAGGGGAUGGACUGAGGGUCCAUACAGUGGAUGUUGAUCCAGUAGAAAAAUGUACAGCUGAAGAAAACCCUCUGAACUAUUUCUGGCCAGAUACCAGGCCCACUGUAACCAACUUUACAUUGUGCCAUGGGAGCUCAGUCCAGAUUGCAUCAAGAACAUGUUUUUUAAAUCCGCACAACUAUACAUCCUACUGGGGCCAACCUGAUCUUAGAAAUUGCACAGAAAAUGCAGCUGAUAUAGCCAAUCAACUUCUGAAUCUCACUGGUGAAGGGCAGCAGCUGACCUCAGACAAAGUCAAUGAUGUUGUCCAGAAACUUAAAAAAAUUGUGAACGAUGAAGAAAUUGAUGAGUCUUUGGGUUCUACUGUGGUGACAAUUUUUUCCAAUAUUUUAACGAGUUCAGACAGUGUAUUGGCAGCAUCAUCUUCUGAAGCUUUAAAAACUAUUGAUACCUUAGCCUUAAAGAUUCAGUUCACUGGACCUUCCAUGAGCAUCUCAACUCGGAACCUGGCACUUGGAGUUUCUUCUAUUAAUUCAACUUCAUUUAGUGGAUCCUCCUUCAGUGUUGGUCCCCAGAACAAUGCUUCAGAUUUUCAGUUAGAUUUUGACAAGAAUCAGGGAAAUGCCCUGGCUUCUGUUGUUCUGCCUUCAAGUUUACUGAAGAAUUUAAGUCAAGAUGAGUUUGAAGCUGUAUCUAGGGCUCAGUUUACAUUCUUCAACAAAAAUGGACUUUUCCAGGAUGCAGAAAUGAAUGCCAAUUUAACCAGUUUUGUAGUGGCAUGCAGUAUUGGAAAUGUGACCAUCCGGGACCUUCAAGAUGCUGUCAAAAUUACAAUUAAACAUACCCUAUUCCAGGAGGAUCUUAAUCCUACCUGCGUCUUCUGGGAUAUGAACAAAAACAAUGGUAAUGGUGGCUGGAACACCACAGGCUGCAUUGCACAAGCAGAAUCAAACGAGAAUGAGACAGUUUGCUUAUGCAAUCACCUCACACACUUUGGGGUGCUCAUGGACCUCCAGGGAACUGCUUCACAAAUAGAUCCACAAAAUAACAAAGUCCUCACCUUUAUCACCUACAUUGGUUGUGGGAUAUCUGCCAUAUUUUCAGCUGCAACUCUUCUGACAUAUAUUGCUUUUGAGAAGUUACGAAGAGAUUACCCCUCCAAAAUCUUAAUGAACUUGAGCACAGCCCUGCUCUUUCUCAACCUGGUCUUCCUGCUUGAUGGUUGGAUUGCAUCAUUCAACAUCGAAGGCCUCUGCAUAGCUGUUGCAGCCCUUUUGCACUUUUUCCUUCUGGCCACCUUUACGUGGAUGGGACUGGAAGCAGUCCACAUGUACAUUGCUCUAGUAAAAGUGUUCAACACCUACAUACGGCGAUACAUACUGAAAUUUUGCAUUAUUGGCUGGGGUUUACCUGUGCUAGUGGUAGCAAUUGUAUUAGCAAGCACAAAUACAAAGGCAAGUCGUAUCUAUGGCAAAGUUGUAUAUGGCAGAGAUGCUAACGGGCAAGGAGGAGAUGAUUUCUGCUGGAUCAAGGAUAAGGUUGUCUUUUAUGUGACUUGUGCUGGUUACUUUGGAAUUAUGUUUCUUAUGAACAUAGCCAUGUUCGUGGUGGUGAUGGUGCAGAUCUGCGGGAGGAAUGGGAAAAGAAGCAAUCGGACCCUGCGGGAAGAGGUUCUGAGGAAUCUUCGUAGCAUGGUCAGCCUGACCUUCCUGUUGGGCAUGACAUGGGGUUUUGCCUUUUUUGCAUGGGGCCCCUUACAUCUCCCUUUCAUGUACCUCUUCGCAAUAUUCAAUUCAUUGCAAGGUUUAUUUAUAUUUGUAUUCCACUGUGCUAUGAAAGAGAAUGUGCAGAAACAAUGGAGGAGGCAUCUCUGCUGUGGCAGAUUCCGAUUGGCAGACAACUCAGACUGGAGCAAGACAGCAACUAAUAUUAUAAAGAAAAGCUCAGAUAAUCUUGGGAAAUCCUUGUCCUCCAGUUCUAUUGGCUCCAACUCAACCUAUUUGACAUCCAAAUCUAAAUCCACUUCAAAUACAUACUUCAAAAGAAACAGCCAUACAGACAAUACUUUCGUUGACAAGGCCUCAUCAAAAUUUGCCCAAGUGGAUGGAGAGCAGACACCAAUCAUCCCAGUCCAUCAGGUUAUUGACAAAGUCAAGGGGUACUGCAGUGCUCACUCAGACAACUUCUAUAAAAAUAUCAUGAUGUCAGACACAUUCAGCCAUAGCACAAAGUUCUGAUUGGGUUUCUGAACUUCUGAACCACAAGACAACAUGCAGCCUGGAGAUUCUAAACAAUGGAGUACUUGGAGACUGAGUGGCGAGAAUUAUAUUACCAGAUUUAGUCAUUUUUCCCAUGGUAUAUUGUCGUCCUCUUAACAGCUUCUUCUCGAGAAAAGGUUUUUUCCCCAUUAAGAGAGUCAGUCAUUUUCUCGUACAUAGUACUGAUACUGACAUUUUCCCACCAUGAAAUAAAGACUGUUUUCAAACAUCAGCUGCAUGCCAGCGAACAGGAUACUGGGACAGCUAAUUUAGGUGUGAUCCUAUGUAUAUAUUUGCAAGACUGAAGAAGUUCCAUAAGCCCAUCUCUCAAUAAUGUCAGAUCUGAAUGGGAACAAGACUUGGGUCUUUUAGAGAAAACAGGGGAAGUAUCCCACAGUACACACAAGCUCUUGGAUACAGCUUUCUUAGUCGGUCUCGUCUUCAUGAGAAAUGUGAAUUUUCCUUACUGUAUUUGUUAAACUCUUGCUGUUUAGGUGGCCAUUGCCUGCAGUGUUUUCCACAGGUGAGGAAAGCCUAACUCCAGUGUCAAAGGGUUAUUUUGACCAAAUGAAUACGUAAAUCUCCAGGGCUAACCACACAAAGAAAAUUGGAUCCAAAUAUUGCAUACAGCAACUAGUCUAUAAACUCUGGGACCACACUGUAUCCGUGUGCACAGAAAAGCAUUUAUCACAUACCUGCACACCAGGAUUUGCUUGUGAUAAGGGUGUGCAAGCUACUGAUAACUCUCCCGUAAAAUUUAAGCCCAUAUCUGUGUGUGUGGUUUCAGGUGGUGCAGCAUCAGUAAAAAAGCUAAUUCUAGACUUCGCACAAAGGCAUAAGUUUCAAUAUUCAUUGAUGUACAAAAAGGGAACACCUCCCAUUGUAACCACCACACUGGUAUGGGUGAGCCCAUGCUGAUUGCUCAUGUUGGUCAAGUGAAAUGGGAGUCAUUAGCAUGUACAUUCAUAGGAAAUAUUACAAAGGACCCCACACUUCGUAAAUCAUAUAGUGCUAUAAGUUUAUUAGUUAAAAUACCUCACAGAUCCCUUGUAAGCCCACAUUAGCUUGUCCAUUUUCUAUAUUGUGGCCAUAUUGCAUGUACAGAGAACUUCUGCCACAGGACAUUGCAAUUUAUGAAGGCUCUCAAGGUCACAGUACAUUACACAAUAGCAUUCAGCAUCUACAUGUGGACUUGCAUCAUCCAGAUCUUCAAGCUUUCACUGGCAUCAGCUGAUUAAACUAAAUCUAGAUCCGUACUGUUUGAGAUGCAAUGACCAAGCAACAUAAACUGGGGUCUGUAUCGUUGUGCUAUGCACAGAAGUGUGUGCAGAAGUAAAAGAAGAACAUAAAAUACUUACUUUUCCAAGCCAUGGCACCAUAUGGCCAUUUCUAACACUGUUCUCAAAAGUGCACAGCUAUUCUUGAAAAUAUGUAGAAACCCAUGCCAAAUUGUGAAACACCUGUAAAUGCACAUUUCAUUUAAAAUGUCAGUAAUAGAGCUGGCCAGAAAAUGGGAUUUUUCCAUGAAAAAAGAAGUGUUUCCAAAAAACACAUUUUCCCAAAAAGGCCAUUUUUCAUCAAAUUAUUUUUACCUAAAAAUUUCAAUCAGUUUUGUUCAUCACACUUCCACAAACCACUGGUCUGAUGUCAUACAGCUAUUGAUUAGAUCUCAGUUAAGAAGCAAUUAGAUGUUCAGUAACAGGGUAUUUGGAUUUGUACCUUUAUGGGCUCUUUGCAUCCACUCAUUUACAAAGAUCAUUUUAUUCGGUGCCCCCACAAAUGGAAUAUUAUCCUUAACUACAAACACCUUGAUCACUGCAGGGAAGAAGUAUAUUUUAAUCACAUUCAAUCCUAAAACACUGUUCUGAAGUAAAGGUCCUACAAAUAACCUGACCAAACCUUUUUCAUAUUAGCGCAAAAUCCUUACAUGCCUGUAUAUGCUAAAUUCAUCCCUAUUGACUUCAAAUGUAAUUAUCCUAGGGAUGAAUUUGGUCAAAUACUUUUAUCAAAGGAAAGAAUUUAGGGAAAACUUAUGUAUGAGCAUUUACAGAACUUGUAUAUUAUCAUCCCACCUGUCUACCUGCAGUAGAUAAUAGUGUUCAGAUAGUAGCUUACUGUGAGAUUUCUACCUGUCUAGGAUGUUCUACAGUGACAAGAUGGAAAAGAAAAUACUUUCCAGACAUUGAGGAAUUAAUGAAACACAAUUGUUCAAUAAAAUAUGAAGUAAAGAGUAAAAGAAGUAUCCUGGCUGAAGCCUAGCUGUAACCUAACCAACAGCUUAAUGUACAGUUGCCUAUAUUUUUGCUAAAUUAAGAAUUUGCUCUUUUUUUUACUACCAUGUAGUAGUCCUUAACUGUCUAUGUCAGAUGUUCUUGAAUGCUCUCACUUUUGCAAUGUAAAAUCUCUACUUUGUUGUUGACGUCACAACCUCCCUUGUAUAUAUUUAUUUAUUUGUGAGGUUAAAUAUGUCAACAUAUAUUUUAGCUCCAUAAUCUCUGUCCUUGUUAUUUUAAGCUUCUGAUUCAUCAUAGGAGGAGAGGGAAAGAAUAGUCUCUCAUACUUUUUCCAAAAUUGUGAAAUAGUUUACUGUAGUUGUAUCUUUUACCAAUACGAGGGGAAAACGACAGUAAUUUGAAAUAUUAGUUAGUGGAAGUUAGUGUAACGGAUUUAAAGAUGGACUAAAGUGGAAAGAAAUAUUUUUCAAAUAAAUAUUCAUGUUAUUAGUGUUACAAAGAAUUAAAAUAUUUUAAUAAUGA